CCGGGAUGAGGCUGUACAGCCUGAGUGUCCUUUACAAGGGCGACCCCAAAGCGCGUUUACUGAAAGCUGCCUACGACGUGUCCACGUUCAACUUCUUCCAGAGAUCCAGCGUGCAGGAAUUCAUGACCUUCACGAGCCAGCUGAUCGUGGAGCGCUCGGAGCUGGGCAGCAGAGCCUCCGUCAAGGAGCAAGAGUACCUCUGCCACGUGUAUGUCCGGAACGACGGGCUGGCCGGAGUGGUGAUCGCAGAUAACGAAUAUCCGCAGCGGGUUUGCUUCACCUUGCUGGACAAGGUGCUGGAUGAAUUCUCCAGGCAGGUCAGCAAAAUCGACUGGCCUUCGGGAUCCCCAGCGACCAUCAGCUACGCGGCCUUGGACGGAUACCUCAGUAAAUACCAGAACCCCCGCGAUGCCGACCCGAUGACCAGAGUGCAAGCGGAGCUGGACGAGACCAAAAUCAUCCUGCACAACACCAUGGAGUCGCUGCUGGAGCGAGGGGAGAAGCUGGACGACUUGGUCUCCAAAUCGGAGGUGCUCGGGGCACAGUCCAAAGCCUUCUACAAAACCGCCCGAAAGCAGAAUUCCUGCUGUGAAAUCAUGUGAUGAGGACCCCGGGGUCUCCUGCUCCGGACCACCAGGCCUUCGCUCCCCUUCGGAUCUCACCCAGGACAGAAGGCGGAAGCCCGG